CCGGCGGCUGUUGCCAUGGUAGCGGCACCCUGCGUUCCCGUGGCCACUCGGCCGCAUCGGCAACUCAGGGGCUGGGCGGGGCCCCGUUGCCAUGGCGCGGGGAAGUGACCGUCUCCUACCGCCCAGCCUGCCGCCGCCGGCUGCUUCCGCUACGACCGUCACAUGGCGCCGGAACGGCCGCUUGGGGCAGGGACCCUAGGUUUCUCCGAGAAAAAAAAUGCCGUUUUUGGAUUAAAAAAAGUAACCCCAAAUCCACAUUUUUCCUGAUUUAAAUGAAACACCACUAUAUAUAGAUCUAUGGAUGAGUAGCGUUUCAUUUUGAUCAUGGAAAAAUGUGGCUUUGAGGUUACUUAUUUAAUUCGAAAAUUGGGGAGGUUUUUUUUUUAGAUCAGAGAAAACCAGCAUCCCAGGAGAGGACCGACAAGGACAUGCUAGAGCACCCACAGCCUCUGGGUUUGGCUUGGCAGAUCUGAAGAGCUGCUGCCCAUGUCAUUGUGACAACAGGGCCCCUGAACCUAUCUCUGCCCAUUCUGGCCCAAUUCCUGGCUUCUUUCACCCUAGCCUCCAAUUAGCAGCUCAAUGCACACUCCAGUAAAGAUGCAUUUGUUUUUGCUUUCAUCUGAAACUGAGUAAUACAGUGCCAGCCCCCUCCCUCACCUCUUAGUCGAGCUUCUAGUUGCUCUUGAAGUGGAGGAAGAAGGUGCCGCAUUGUAUGUGAUGAUCAGGGAUCCUGGUUUUCACUGAUUAAAAAUUGCAAAUUCUCUUAAAAACCCAAAAUUCAUGAUAAAAAUUAAAGGCCCCCUCCAACCCCCCCGCCACGCUGCUGAUGCCCCGCACUCCCUCCCAGUCUCAACAGCCCUCCUGAUGCCCCUCACAACAACCCCACAGAGACAGACACACAGGCAGAGACAUGCAGACACAGAGACACACACAGACUGACACCUACCUCAGCAGGUGUUUCCACCUAAAUCUUCCUCAGAUUCAGAAGCAGAAGAGGAGACAGGUGAUAAUGGUAUCAUUCAGCACAGAGGAGGUGACCUGCUGGAUUUUCUCCAGUCAGGCAAAGAGAUGACAGCUGCCUCUGGCUUACAUGAAGGAUACUAUGGCACAUUGCAAAGUCUCAAGAUGAAAAACAGACAGCAUCUGUUAGAGGUGGGCUUGCUGUAUCAGGCAAAGUUAGAGAACAACCGCAAACUGUCCAGGGAGGAUGAGGAGCUAAAAGACUUCUUCCAAGGCAAUGGACCAUGGACUCUGAAGACAAGGUCCUAUGAUGCUUUGAGAUUUGGGGACAUGAGGCAGUCCAGUUCUUUGACUGACCUCACCUGGGACAGUCCCUUAAUUCAUAAAUCCCAUGAGAGGCCAAAGAGCGCCACAUCUGCCUGGAUCUCUUCUAUUACCAUCCCCCAGCCUUUCAAGAUGACCCUACGGGAGGCUCACAAGAAGUCCCACUUGAUGAAGUCACGUGCAUUUCUUGAGCUAGAGAAAGAGAGAGACAAAAGACAAAGCCAGGAGGAAGCACAGUGCCAGAAGCAGUUUCGGGCACAGCCAGUGCCUGCCCAUGUGUUCCUUCCACUCUACCAGGAGCUAAUGGAGCAGAAUGAGAUUCGCAGACAUGUGGCAAUACAGAGGAGGAAGGAGCUGCUCCUUUCAACUCAGCAACCCUUCAGCUUCAUGGAGAAGGAAAAGGAGAAGGAAGCCAUCAGAGAGAAGGUUCUGGUAGCGCUGACUCCAACUGAGAGCUCCAAACAGAAAGCCAGCAAGAAAGUCCCUAAAUCCAUCUACAGCCCUGUUCUUGGAGAUAAACUCAAAGAAGCUGAACUCUUCAGGAAAAUACGCAUUCAGAUGAGAGCCAAGGAUUUGCUGGAAAGCUCUUUUGCUCCUUUUGAUCCCAGCAGUAAACAAAGACAGCCACACUUCCGAACUGCCACUAAGACUAAGGAAGAAAAACUUGGCUUCCUACAGGAUAACUUCAGCUUUAAACCAAGAAUUAACCCAGCAGUACCUGAUUUUGAAGGACUUUACUGGGCAUUUCAGAAAGAAGCAAUAAGACAACAAGAAGUCAAAGAGGCAACACGUAAUAAACCGUUCAAACUAAGAACCUCCAAUCUGCACUGUAGGCAAAGACAGGCUAAUGAGAAGAUAACAAAGGAUUUUCAGCAGCUUUCUUUGGUCCCCAUGCAAAGAAGUCAUUCUUUGACUGGUCUCUCCUCUCUCUCUUCCAACACCCUUCCAGUGAAUAUAACAGAUGCAGCAAGAAAGAGGGAAUCUGCAAUUAGAUAUGUCCAGGAAGACAAAAAGCAAAGGGAGAAAGAAGGAAUUAAUUGGAUGGAGGUACACAGAAAGAAGUCCCAGGCCAUGCAUAGAUCUAUAAACAGCCGAGCAAAAGCCCUGGACACCCAUAAAAGCCUACAGGAGACCCACAAGGAGAAGUUGAAACAGAACUGGCAGAAUGACCAAAAGAGAACAAAGGAAUACAGAAAAGAGCUGGAAGAAAUGGAGAUACGAGUCAAGAACAGACCGUACCUCUUUGAACAGGUCACCAAGCAUGAUGCCAGACAAGAGGCAGAGCGACAUUACCGAGUUACACUUCAGCAGGUGGGACUGAAUGAAGAAUUUGUACAGAACAAAGGGAGAGAUGCCACUGACAUGCUGGAGGAGAAGUCCAGAACUCAAAAGCACACAAGCCCAAGAAGCACAGACAUUGGGUCAGCAGAGAAGAAAGAGAAUAGAACUGAGGAGCUGCCAACAUAAGAAUGCAGCGGAAGAGUCCACGGAAAGACUUGCAAGUACUUUAAUUCAAGAUGCUCUAGUGUGAGCCCUCAAGGAACUAUUUCCAAGUAGCUGACAAUACAUACAUACAUACGCAUGCUGAGGAAAGGGGUGAGGAUUGACUGCUGCCUUGUACAUUUCCUGCCCUACAUCACAUCACAGUUCUGCAAACCAGAGUCAUUCUCCCCAUGAGCUACAUCCAUCUCCUCUCCUGUUUUGGGACUUGGAACCAGCAAUGGGAAGCAGGCAAGGUAAGAGGGUGACAAGAUUGUAGCACCAUUGCAGAAAGGAAACAGACAUGAAUGGCUAGAGCCUUGUAUUACUGCCUGGGGAAAUAAGACAUUUUUUCAAAUUUUGCUUUGAAUCACUUUUUUUCUUUUUUCUUGCACUUUGGGAUUUGUUGAUGCCUUUCAUAUUGAGUGUGUUGAGGUGGAUUCUAAAUAAGAUAUUUAUGCAGAAUAAGAGGAUUAUAGAUUUGACCUCCUCUUAGAGAAGGUCUGGAAAGCAGCUCUCCUUCUCCCUGUCAUCAUGGAGGAAAGCACUCUAUUAUGAAGCUGUAUUUUAUACCUCUGUUUUUUUGACUGAGAUCACUGGUUUGUCCAGAAAAUGGCAAGAUUUUCUAUGACUGCAAAUAAGAAUGUUUGCACAAAAACUUAAAAGUAGUUUGUCACAGUGAGAUUUCAAAUAAUGUAGAUCUAUAUUGUUUUCUCCAUUUCUAGGUGAAAAAUCCGUUAAUCCCUUCAAGCUUGCCAUCUGCUUCAGCAGCAUCCCAAUUAUUUGCCAUAAUUAAACAAAGUAGGGCUAUCAAACUAUUUUAAAAUGUUAUUGCAAUUAGUUGCAUGAUUAAAAAAAUUAGUUGCAAGUAAUCAUGAUUUUAAUUGCAUGGCUAAAAACCUCAAAAUCAUGCACAGAAAAACUCAAAAUUAUGCAGGUACUUUGUAUUGGGGGGAGGGGGGAACCCCCCAAUCCCCUCCACCCCCCCCCAUGUACACAAACCCUAGGCAGUUCCCAAGGCCUGGCCCUCCAACUCCGCCCCCUGCUCCCCAAUACACUUACCUGCAUCCAGCAGCUGAGUCUGCUUCCAGGACCCUGCCAGGCUGCUUCCUGGCCACGUGUGGCCCAGCCCUAGUGAGGGGAGAGGGGCUGCUUUUCCCACAGCACCAGCAGUGAUUAAUGCAUGUUAAAGAAGUUAAAACCAAAUUAAUGCGUUAAUCAUGCACGUUAGAUUAAUUGACAGCCCUAAAAUAAAGUAAUUAAUGUGGGGGAGGAGGCAUGUGGAAUGUUUUCUUUAAAAUAAAGUUGAAACACAAAGAUUGUACAAUGGUUCCUUCCUUUUUUAACUUUUUGUGAAAUAUCUGAUUUUCCAAAUGUCUUUAGGCUGUAGGGAGGUGAGGGAGAAGUGUAGGGAAGAGAAUUUCUCCUUUGUCUGCAAGUAUCUCAUGUUCUAUUAAAAGCCCAAGUAAAUGGGAUUUAUAAGGGGUAUCCAUGUGGUCCCAAGAGUGGGGAGGUACUGCUUUUAAUCUCAGUAGGGUGCUAAUCCUGGAGUUUCAAAUCACCAACACUGCUGUUUCACCACAGACCAUUGUAGCAGAAAAGUUAUGGUGGAUUUUCAGUUGACUUCACAAUUGGAUCUCACUACCCUUAUGAUCACCCCCACUGGGAUGUACAGUGGCAGAUAUAUUUUUAGCAUUAGAGGAUGCAAUUGAGCACAGGGCUCAGAUAACACCUUUAGAAAGAAAGAUACAAAGUAUAAUUGAAUGUUGUAAACAUAAUAAAAACACCCCUCUGUGAACCAGAUCAGGAGCCAAAAAGCCAUACAGGCUGUUUCGUUAGGAUAUGGGAAGUUACCUCUGAUUUCUAGUUUAAAAAAACCCGUUAAAAACAGUAAUAAGCACUGAACCAAAAUUGUAUUAUGGGACAAAGUGCACAUAGCUGACCCUGAAACAGUCCUUUAACUGGUAUCUAGCUUCUGGCUCUAUGAUUUUAGGUGGUGUUCCAAGAAUGUAUCUAUAUGAAGAAAAAGUGUGAUGUCAGCAUUCCAGAUUGCCAACAAGGAGCCUUAGAUUUUAGUUAAAGUCACUCAGGAAAUAAACCCUCUUAGUUCUAAAGCAAGGAUGGGAAUGAAAUACACUGCUGAAUUCACAACCUCAAAAUUUCUCCAGGAAGAGCACCUAUUGGUUGGUUAAGCGAUAGCUCUGCUUUGUAAAGUAUUGUAGUUUAUGAACAAACUAUCCUCAGCAGAAAGCUAUUCAGGAUAUUGGUGGUGGGAGUGUUGCAUCCCUUUCUUCCAGUGGCAGGAUUAGAAAGAAAGGCACAUGCCAUUCCCACAUGAUUAGUUAUUCUUGUUCAGUUGCAGGAAUGAACUCAUGGAGACAACAUUAUUCUGUUUCAACCUCCUAUAUCCUAUUCUGGGAUAAUGUUUAGUUUUGGUUCUGGCAGGUCAUGAAAAAUAAGCAGCUCUAGUUCAGGUCCUGUGCGUCUCCUAUUGGAAAUCUGUGCACAGAAAACUGUUCUUUUAAUUUUUAAUAGCUUUAAUGUUGUUCUGAACUGAACAUGUGUCAUUUAUAAUUACUAUAUCUUUUUUUCUUACAAAAGGAAGUAGAAAAAGAUAGAAUAAUGGUAAAGAACACAUGUUCAAUUCAGAACAACAUUAAAGCUCUGUACAGAAGAGUAUGACAGUUUUGUAUGUUCCAUAGAGAGCUGGUGCAACUCUUGCUCCAGAUCACCCACAAUUGCAAUAGUACUCACAAACACACUACCUGUUCCUAAAAGUUCACCAAAACCUGUAGGAGUAGUUUGCAUUCUUGCUAUUGAGACCAGUUCACAACCACCCACUUUUAAGUGAAAAUAGUCCAGUCUCCAGCCUGUGUUGAACAUCAGUGGGUAUGUCGACAUGUGCAAUUAAUGCGAUGAAAUAAAUUCUGGCACAGUUUGCGCUGGAGUCAACUGCUCCCAAGGAACACAUCACUUUGGGAGUCCAGGGGGUCAGCUCCAGGUGGUGGUGGUGAACAGGCUGGCUGGGGUACAACGGUACCAAUGUGCAGGGCUAGGCGGCAAGCAGCUCCCCACACUUUAGCACCCUUGUGCCCCACCAAACACGUCACAAUCUACAGGUAUGUUUCAGCACAGGCAAGUACUUCGCUGUAAAAACAGUAGUGCUGGGGACUGUACUUACUGUCUUACAGUGGAAUUAAUUAAUUUACUGUGCCCUAAUACUGGUACAUGUGUAGAUAGUGAUGCUUUACUGUGGAACUAAUUAGUCAACUCUGCAGUAAAGUGCACAUGUACCUACUGUAUGUCAGAAUCCUAAAAUGUCUGGAAUGGGUGAAGCGACAGGAAAUAGCAACCGUUGGUCUCUAAACACAGUAGUAAAACAGCAGUUAGGGAGAAAAAAAAAAAAACAAGCCACACAGAAUGGAGGCAAAGUAGCAUAAACUGAACUUGCCUGAGCUAAAAGAAUGCUGUUCCUUUUAGCACCUGAGAAAGACUAGUUUCCUGAAUCUUCCAAACAUUCUAACCCGGGGUGGGCAAUUAUUUUGGCUGGUGGGCUAUUUAAUGAGUUUUGGUGAGCUGUUGGGGCCUGCACAGAAAUUCUUUCAGAAGGUAGCAUUUUAACAAGUUAUAGAUAGAAAACAAAUGGUGUAUUAAAUAAAAAGUAAAAAUCUACUAUAUUUUCAAUUUAUUUCAAAAAAUUUUUUGUCCCGACUUGUUUUUUUAAGUAGUGUGUGUAGAGGCAAUUAAAGACUUUAUUUUAAGCUAUUACGCACUCUUAUAUAGUGCGUGUGGCAGGGGGUGUGGGUGUGAGGUAUGUGUGUGGGGGGACUGCCUAUGUACUAGGUCCUGGGAGCCAGCUGGGGGUGGCAGGGCAAAGCUUGCACUACAGGUACAGUGCCCCCCCAUGGUGCUCUACAUGGGGCAGAGCCCCACCUGUACCUGCCCUGGUCAGCGUGCACAGCUUCCUGGCUGGGUUGCUUUCCACCCAUUCCGCUGCCCACAGGUGGCUUGUGCUGGGCAAAGUGGGAAGAAGGAAGUCAAGAGCUGCAACUGGAGCCCCAUGUGCUGGGGCAGGAGCAGCUCAGCUGCAGCUCCCCUCCCCCACCCACUGCCACUUCCCCACACUACGGGCUGUCCAGACCAAUGUAGCAGAGGCAGGAGAAGGAUCCACUGGGGGAGGGGAGGGAAGGGAAAGGCGAGCAAAGCAGUACACAGGCAACUGCAGCAGCGGUGGGAGCAGCCCUGCAGGAAGCUGUGCAACUGGCUAGGGCUGGAGCCCUGGGAAGCUGUGUACCUUGGCUCCUCCAGAGCAUGGCACAGGCUGCCCUGGGCAGGGCUUGGUCCCAUGGGGAGCACCACAGGGGCAGCCACAGUUCAGCUAUAAUCAAUAGGUGGGCUGGAUCCAGCCCAUGGGCUGUAUUUUACCCACCCCUGUUCUAACCAGACAAUAUCACCAUCUACUGAUUAGGACCUGAAGAACUACUGACGAUCCUGCUAUCUUCUCCUUCGGCAUAUAUAUCUAUAGCGAUCUCUCUCAAACACUCUCUCCAUUCUCUGUUUGGCUGCUUAAAUUGCCACCUUAUAUACAGAAGGCCAAGAAGAUUUGACCUUGCAAUAUUUUGGCAAGAUCUGUUUGGCACACUGAAAUUCCUGAGCAGUCCAGUUUUGCCAAUAUCUCACAUAGGCCCUGGAGAUUCUAACAGUAUCCUGUGCUAGGCUUCAAAACCAAUAAAAGCUGCAACCCAGACAACAGAAGUCUUCUUGUUAUUAGUUUUUCUUUCCCACUUUGAACAUAUUUACCAUGUCCUAAAAAGGAGAGUGAAUUUUUAAACCACCACCCAAGAGCUGCCAACUAAAUGACAACAUUUAUAAUAAGAAUAUCUGAUGCUAUUUAAAUGAGACUUCAAAUAAAGAUUUACCCUACUAAAUAUUUAGUAAGAGAAAAAAGGGGAGCAUGGCAAUUGCUAAAAUAAAAGCUUGAGUUUUAAAAUAUUACAUACAAUAAUUUGCAUUUGAUAAAAUGUUACAUGUCUUCUUUGAAGGAUAAAUCAAGCCUAAGCAUUAUAAUUUUGACCUUAAGUUGUAAUGUUGUCAUAGUAAGAAUGUCAAACUGAGUAACUUAAAUUCUGUUCAUUCUAACAACAAAGCCACAUUCUGAAAGCAGGAAUAAUUUUUCUUAUGCUCUACAAAUACAUCUGAGACAACAGCAUGGAAAUACAGACCUUCCAUUUUUGUUCUGAAAUGUUUCAUCAGACUAUUCGUUUUUAUUCUAAAGUAAGAAUAAAGACCUGCUCAACUGACUUGUCAAAUUACUGUAGUACGUUUACUAGUAAACUACUGUAAUAAAUCUACUUCCUCUUGA